ACCUAACUUAAGGUACCUACCUGGUUAGGUAAGCAAAUGACAUGAACAGCUUGCAGUUGACGAGUCCCUCGUCUCAGUCCGCUUGCCUGUUGCCGACGACGACAAGCCGUACAACAGCACUUUCCCUACUUCAUUUUUCAACUUUGACCUCUUUCCCUAUUUAUUAAGUCUAAACUUAGUAACUUCAUUAAUUUAAUUAAUUCCCUCUCCUUCUUUUUUCUUCUUCUAAACAUACAUCACAGUGCCCGUCUUGCAAGCAUUACAAUACCACACAAUACAACAAGCUACGUGUCUGUUGCGGGAAAUCCGUAAUGGUUUUUAUUUUUUUGUCUGCCUGAUAUGUUUUCACCCACCAUCCUUUAAGUCUUGGACCUACGCGCAGCGAGGUGAAUGCGAAUGCACAACUUUAUUUAGGAUUUACUUCCCGCCCUCGUACUCCCUCUUUUCCCGCCUGAUUACCGUCGCCUAGAGCGGCGUUUACACACCUCCGAGCCUUUCUCUAGCAGUCAUAAAUCGCCAUGGCGUCCGACUUAACACCACCCCCAGCAAACUCUCCGGCUGACUCAAACUCCGAGACCUUUACCCUACAAAUCCUAUCGCCUUCUGUAGGCAUACCGCAACCAUUAGCGCUCCAGAAACUUCCCAUAGGCACCACUGUUAAACAGCUAAAGGAGCGCAUCCGCGAUGUUGUUAGCACUAAACCUGCUGACCAGGCGCAACGUCUCAUUCAUCGAGGUCGUUUGUUAGCCCGUGAUAACGAGACAAUGACUGAUAUUUUCGGUCAGGAAGCGCUGCGCUCUACGCAUCACCAGACGUUACAUCUAGUGUUACGAGAUCUUUCUGAUAGCCGACCAACGUCUACGCCAACUCCUCCAAACCAGAGCACUGCUUCGGGUCAACCCUCGGCUGGAGUGAACCCUCUUUCCCAGCACCAGCUGCAUCCCAACGCUAAUCCUUUUCAACCCGAGCCUCAGGCGCGCGCUGGAAUCCCUCAUUACCACGGCUUAGGCUUUGGUUCUCAAAGGGCUGUCCCUGGGAUGCCGGCCUUUGGCCAACCAAUGGUCCUUCCGCCUGGCCUUUCUCCGCAGCAGUAUAACCAGUGGGUAAGAGCCCUGAAUGCUCACGUAGGAGCUCGCGACCAUAACCUGCGAACGGCUACUCCAGGGGCGCAAGACAUACCUACUACCGGCGCAAGGGGAACGCCAGGAAUGAGUACACCUGGAAGGAUAGCUUCGCCGUUCCAGGCAGAGGUGACGCGUACCACAGUCAGCGAGAGAACCGAUCCCAAUGGAUUACACUGGCGAAUAACUUACAACGAAACGUUUGCGAAUCCGCUACAGCGACCAGGAAAUGUUUGGGGCUCUCAAGCACGCUCUGUUCCGAAUGGGAGCCAGUUUCACGACAAUGAAGCACAGGAUACUCUGCGAGCUGCGGAUACUAGCGCGGCAACUAGGGUUAUGGCCGAUGCUAUGCGAAGGAAUGCUAGCAGCUCUUCCCUAGCAAGUCUUGCAACCGGCCAAGCUCAGUAUCCUAUUCCGCCUGGGGUUACUACACCAUUGAUUCCAUCUCGAGCGGGCAGCGCUACUGCUACACCAGAUCCGUUUAGAGCAGCCGGCCAAUCCAGAAGCCUACCUAUACACCAAAUUCAGACGGAUUCGUCUCAAAUCACGCCAGAGGUGUUUCUCCUAUCUUCCCCCGAUGGACCUCGUGCCUUGUUGCUCAAUGGCAGCUUAGGGGCGUACUUCAGCUCUCCAACUCGAACCGUAAAUCCACCUAUGAGUGUACCAUUUGCGCAGAGACAGUAUCCACUUACAUUUGCCAAUGCUUUCCAUCCGCAAUAUACCGUGCCGGUACCAGCGCCAACCCAACCGCAAAUGCCUCCAGCCGGACAAGGACAUAAUGCUACUCAACUACAGCAACAUCAGGCUCAACAACAGCAUGGUCCACCUCAGCCCCUUCAGAUGCCACAUAUAGGACAUGCUGUAGCUCGUGCAGACAACCCACAAAUCCAGGCUAUUAGAAUAGCUCAUUUAUGGCCGCAUGUUUGGUUGGUCGCUCGUAUUGGCUUCUUCAUCUGGUUGUUCUCAUCGCCAAGAUCUAGCUGGUCUCGGUUUUUUUUCAUGAUUGGCGCCGCAGUCAUCAUGUUUCUCGCCCGCAUUGGCCUUUUGAAUCAACUGUGGGUCCCUUUCCGCCAACGCUUGGAGAACUUGAUACCUCCAGUCGACGGCCACCAGGACGCGCGAGGCAGGGACGUCCAGGGCGGAAAUGGUGCUAUGGCAGAUGGCGGACAACAGCAAAGAGAACUACAUCCGGCUGAUACGGCAGCCAGGCUAGUGCAGCAGCGACGUCAUGCGAAUGCCAACUGGUUGAUGGACCAGGUUAGGAGGUUAGAACGUGCUGGUAUUCUGUUCCUUGCUAGUAUCGCUCCAGGAGUUGCCGAGCGGCAUAUCGCGCAAGUUGAAUCCGAGGCGCGGGCUGAGCGUAGACGACGAGAGGAAACCGAAGCUGCCGCUGCAGCUGCGGCUCAGCAAUCAGAGAGAGCAGGUGAUGCAGAACAGGGCGGAGAUAGUGAUACCGCCACUGCCACUGCCACCGCCAGUGAAGAGUCAGGGGGUCAGGAUCGAUCGCCGGAAGGCGAGAGGGGUAACGAGAGACCACCUACUGUGGAAGAGCCGCUCAUUGACAUAUGAACCCACUGGCGGGCACCAGUAAUGCGAUACUCCAUCAAGAGGUGUGACAUGAUAAGAGCUGCAGAAGAUGGCGGAUAUUUCACAAGACGUGAUUCACGCGUCUUGCGAUAAAAUAAAGAAAAGAAGUUGGUCAAAAUGACAUUGGAGGGACCUCAGCUCAAAGUCGAGGCCGUUUUGUAGAAUCUCCGAAUAGCGGGUUUUGUGUACAGCGUGUAUGUAUGUACUUAUGUAUGUUUCUGGAGUUGGCGCUUGCGUGUGAGCGAGGGGGAACGUGUAUCAAUGAAUAGCAACAGCCUGACGAGGGUCGAGGGCUGGCUGGAUGGCUGGUUGUGCAAUAAGAGACAGGCAAACAGACAGAAAGGCAGAAUAUGACGUGAGCGAUCACGUCGAAUAAGACUUUUUCUCCAGGA